AGCGGCGGCGCCAUGGGGGGUCGGGACGACAGCGACAGCGACGAGACCGUGGUGGAGGGCUCUGUAACGGAGAGCGAUGUGGAGGAAGAAGAGUUCCGUAGGAGGAGGUUGCUUUUUCUUGAGGAGGACGUGGCCUUAACAACUGGAGUAGGAAUUAAUGAAGGAGCUCCCUCUCCAGAAAUCUGUUAUAUACAGAAAUUUUUUGAUCACACAUAUAAUCAGAAGGAAGAACAGAUAAAAGAUACAGAAAUGGUAGCUCAAGAGGCAUGCACGUCUGACCAGUCUCAGUCUCUACUGCAGGGUUGGAUUAACUUUCCAUCACUUCCUGAAAAUAUUUCUAAGCCUGGUUUUGCACUAAAUGCUGCAGUAGAGGGACAACAAAAUAAUUCUGUAGAUAUCAAUUUGAAUGGAGUUCAAAAAGAUUCAGAAGAAAAGAUGGGAUCUCUGCUUGACUUCCCUGUGCAUCUGCUUCCUGUGGUGCAAGGUUCUGCAUUAGAUGAGGCUGGAGUUGAUUGUGCAAAAGAGAACAGUGAUGCCCUGCCAGUACAGCCUGUGACAGCUCUGAAUGCCUUGUCAGCAUCUGUAGUGCCAAAUGAGAGACAGUUUAACACUGAGGGAGAGCAGUUAAAUUCAGAACCUGGUAUUCCCCAGUCAGAUGGUGACUGUACACAAAUAACAAACAUGAUUGAGCCUCAGCUUGCUACAAUUAAGGUGGAAGAAAUAGAAGCCUUAACAGGAUCUAACUUGCAGGGACAACAAAUGAGCAACCCUUGCUUUAACUGCAUACUUCCAGUUGCUUGUAAUAUUUCUUUUUUUUUGUCACAGCCUGUGGUUGGUCAGCAGAGAGAGAAAGAAGCAAUUUCAGAUUACUGCAUAGCCACCUCUAGUGAAAAGCAAACUGAGGAGGCAAGGUCACAUUCAGUGGAGGCUGCAGCAUGUGCAGAAACAGCCCAAACAAGAUCAAGGACAGCGAUGCAGUUGAGAGAGACACCCUCAAGGAAGUGCAGAGAUCAUGUUUCCAGUCAUUGCCAAAUACUAGAUGAGACUCAGCAGGCGAAGUCUCACAGUGGCAUUACAACAGGAAACAAAGCUAAGGAUUUUGACAAAAUUCAGAAAUCUACUUCUAAAGACAAGAAGAAUCUAGAAACCAACAUAUGCCAAGAAGUAACUCUGAAUGAGAAUAGAAAAGUUGACCAGAGAAGAAGAAGCAAGAGAAUUGAAAACAAACAUAGACAAGAAGCCCUUCCUAGGAAUUCUGUUAAUCCUGUUUGCCCUAUUUCACUUUCAACAGUUAAUAGGAGGGAUACUUACGGUAGAGAUGAUUCAAAGAAUAUGUCAAAUACUCAAAGUGUAGAGGAUACAAACCCACACCAGAUUUCCUUACAGACAGAUGAGUCAGAACCAGCAUGUGCAGACAGCACAGACAUAUCGCAACAAACUAUUGCAGCCUCUUAUUCCAGUAGCAUCAAAACCAGGCUUUCAUCCACAUCACAAUCCAGUCAGGCAUCAGAACAGCAAACACCCAAGAAAUCAGUCUUGGAUGACAAGCUUAAAGGAAACCUUGGAAAAGCAAAUUUUCCAGAAGGCAGGAGGAGCCUGAAGGAAUCCUCCCUGUCUACCAGAAAAGAAGCUGUAAUUUUACGUGAUGCCUAUAAUACAAGAGGUAGGAGAAAGAUCAAAAUUAAAAGAAAUGAAAAAGGAGAAACUCAGCUGCAUAUUGCUGCAAAGAGAGGAGAUUUGUCUUUGGUGAAAACUCUAAUAUCAUCUGGAAUUUGUGUCAAUGAACAGGACUAUGCAGGUUGGACAGCAAUUCAUGAAGCUUCCAAUAGGGGAUUUACUGAAGUGAUCUUAGAAUUACUGAAAGCUGGUGCUGAUGUUAACAGCAGAAAUAUGGAUGGUGUUUUGCCAAUACAUGAUGCUGUUAGUGGCAAUUAUUUAGAGGCAGCCAGGAUUCUGCUACAGUAUGGAGCAAAUCCCUGUGAGAGGAGUGAUUCAGGGGAAAGUGCUUUGGAUGUAGCUUGUGAUGAUGAAAUGAAGGAACUGCUGAAGUCUUACAGUGCUACAGACUCUACACUUCCUGUCGAGACUAUUGAAGUUACAAAGAGACAUCCUUCUAGAUCAAGAAGAUCAAAGCGUCAUGUUUGUAACUACUAUAAAAAUGAUGAUGCAGGUUUGGAACCACAACAUGAGAACUACAGUGUUGAGUCUGUUGAUGCCAUACAAGAUGCAGAAGAGAAGCAAAAAGAACUUUUCCUACUUGAAUUGAGAACUUCCAAAGAUGCAGAUGUGUAUAUCCAAAGGCUGUCUCAGAUGCAAAAUACUUUGAAUGAAAUGCUUGCAACGCAGAAAACGGAAAGGGAUACCCUUGCUAAAAAAUACAGGGCUUCAGUGGAAUCUUUUAAAAAAGGAGCAUUGAGGAAACAAUUAGUUCACCUUGCUUCUAGGCAAAGGCAUCUAUUGGCUAUUGCCCAAACCCAGGAAAAGUUAGUCCAGAAAAUACAAAAUUACAGAAGAACACAGCAAGUGUUCAGUGCAUCAUGUUCGGAGAAGGAAAUCUCACACUCAGUUAUUUCCUGUGGAAAUGAUAAAAGACGAAGUUUAACUGCUGAUGAAAGCAUGUGCCCUGAUGUAGUUACAUUUAAUAUGGGUCUUGGUGCCAGCGUGCCAAAUAGAAAUGCAGUAGAAGCACAUCUCUCUUUAGAAAAUAGAUUUUCAGCUCAGGAAUGUAGCCAACAUCCACACACCUGCUUGGACAAGACAGAAGCAAACAAAGAAGCAAUUAGAAGCAAAGAGGGUUCUGAUCAUGCUUUGGCAUCCGAAAGCAGAGUAAGAGAAUAUCACUUCGACAACAUGUCAAUGCUGACAAAUGCUGUGGAAGUGGUGACAUUGCCUUCAGAACCUACUGUUUCCACUGCUAAAACGAAGUGCUCAUGGCAAAAAGAGAUUGAUUGUGUAGCAAUUGUGGAAGAAGGAAUCAAGUCUUUAAAUCCCACCUCAGUGACAUACACAUUAAAUACUGCGGAACCCCGAAGCGCUGUUGUCAAUAACCGUGUCUGUCAGCCAGGCAGUGACUACCAGCAGGUUCUUGCAGAUGAACCUCUACACAGAUAUGUAGAUAAGAAAGAAGCUUUCCAGCAGCAAGUGGUUUUGUCAACUUCUACAAAGAACUUCCCUAAUACUCCACAGCAAGUGAUCUUUUGGAGUAGCGAGAACUCAUUUAAUGCUGACUCGGUGCUUACAGAUCUUGCCUCAAAUACAGAUUAUCCAGUAAAACUCAGUGAAAAACCUUCCCAGAGCUAUAGUAAUCAGGAAUGUGAACAAAACAAAGUGCGGCGUGGAAGAAGUAGGAAAAAGCUUCAGUUGAUAGAUCUUCUUGAAUUGGGAAGGAUUAAGCCAGGAGAAGAUGUUUUAGAAUUCAAACUCCAGGAAUUUAGUCAUAAAGCCACGCUCUUAAAGAACGGCAAGAUCAGAACCAGUAAGAGACGAAUACUGGAGAAUCCAGUUCAGUGGAUUAAAGACCUACUAGGAAGUGAUAUUUCUGUGACAUGGAAGUAUGUGUGGAAUAAGGUUACAUAUCGUGGGACACAGUUGUCAAAUUUUCUUUUUGAAGAAAUGCCAGUUUCCAGUGACCUAGAAUUACCAUCACAAGAAAGAGAGCCUUUGCGAAAAAAUUUUAUCACGAGAAACCCCAGCAACCACAACCAGCACCAUCAGAGUCCUGGUACUGUCUCCAUUGCUCAGCCCUGUGGGAGCUCUGACCCAAGCAACGUGCAGCCAAAAACCCCGUCCUUGCCACAAACAGAAGUUGUGAAAACAUUGCUGUGCAGUGGAAGAGAAGCAGCUAUUACCGAGGCAUUUAAAAGCUCUUCUGUCCAGUUCAACUCAAUGGAAAGUCUGACACAUUUUCUUCAAUUCCGUGAGAUAGUAAUGGUUCGUAAAGAGGAGUUUCUACCAUGCUCUGUAAUGGAAAAGCACUGGAGUUUCUAUAAAGGAUGUGAAGAUUUUGGAUUCUAAAGACUUCCUGAGUGCCAACAAUUUUUUCUUCAUUAUCACUUAAAAGUAAACAUUUGGGCUUUUAGAAUAAUGUGCUUUGUUACUGUCAUUUUGAUAAAUCGUUUGCCCAGCACUUGGAAUGGACUGAAAGACUGUUUGAGUAAAUGAGGAACAGGGGAGUACUGUGUAGCAGGUGAGGAUAACUGUCAACAUUGAAUUUUAAGAUUAAGAAAUGGGGAUGUAGACCAGGACUGUUACACACUGGUGCUCACAGUGAAAUGUAUUUCCGGUUGAUAACUUUGUAUGAAAUUCCUCUGAUUUCAGUGGCUGCCCAUGUUUGAUGGGGCUGCACAGAACCAGGUAGGUAUUGACACUGAUAGUCAUUUCCUGCACCUAAACCUGGACCCGCUCUGCCUAGGCACAGGCCAUCAGAAAUGGCUGCACGCCUUUGUAUAAUAGCAUAAGCUGUUAGCUUAGGCAAAAAAUUCAAGAUGGGCAGCUUUGAAAAUCACCAGCAGCUUUGCUUUCCAUGGUGUGGAUAUAUACAAACAUUUGAGAAGGGGGCAGGUGCUGGGAGAGGUUAAAAGAGGAACCUUGGCUACUAGAAGUGCGCAGGGAAAUUCCAUUCAUGUUCCAGCCAAGUCUUUCUGAUGGACAGAAAGUGUGCUGGCAUAUGGCAGGAAAUGUUUGUGGAACACAGAUUUUUCCGUCUAACAACGUGUAGAUAUUCUGUUUGUUUUAAUUUUACAAUGUGUGAAUCUGCCUCAGUAGCGUAUUUAUAAUAUAUUUGACUGUCAUGAGAGUUACCUGCAUUCAAAUGGCAUCCUUGCUCUUUCGUUCUCUGGAUUAUAAGAGAAGAUGAAAUAAUGGCACCUGCUACUCCUAACUCUGGUGAAUGGGAUGAGAAAUCUCUCCUGUCAGUACAGAACAACCUCAGCUAGAUAUCUGGAGCGUGAAGAGCUGUUCUGCAGAGAUUUGAUUAGUGUCUUAAAGAGGAGGUAGUUUAGGGAAGAAAGAGGGGUGUGAUGUGCAGGUCUGCUGUGCCCUAGGAUGCAUGAGCAAUCGUAGCCUGAUGGCCUGCAAGGCUAAGGAAAUGCAAACUGCUGGAAGUGAAAAAAGUAAAAAGCUACUGAGUGACAGGUAUUUCAUAAAGGUCACUUUCCACAGAGACAGAAAAAUGGAGCGGUCUCACAACUGCAGCAGUAAAACAAACCUGAAGGCAUGCUGAUUUAAAGGAAAUGUUCAUUCAAAUGCUACACUUCCACUUUCACAGAAAAGUGAAAGACUUUUGACUGUAAAAAUGACUACUGAAUUACUUACAAGUUUGUUAGACAUUUUUUCCUUGUUACAAGGCGUCUAAUAAGAUUAACAUAAAAAAACUGGGAGGAUUUGACAGUAAUACUUUUAAUCUGUUGAUUGCAUGACCUAAGACAAUCCUAAGUGACAAAAAUUCUGAUUGAUUCAAGCCGGGCAGAGAAGUAAAAAUGCAAAGUGUUACAUGAAAACCACUGUCUCUUAUUGGUGCCAUAUAUAAAAGUAAGCUACCAGGGUGGGGUUUUUUUCAAUAUUUGUAUUUUAUAUAAGCAUCUUGAGAAGAGCACUAGCUUGACAACAUAUGUUUUAGUAUGACUAACAAGUGUAGAAUUCUCUUCCCAAAUCUUCUGAAAACUCUGAAUUUUCCCUGUUCUCCCUACUGGUGUCUUUUUCAUUAAGAGAUGGCAAGAAGUUAUACCAUGAUGAAUAGGAUGUUUUGUUUUCUCUGUUUAAAUUUAUGCUUUAUAAGUGUACUUCUGCAUGGAAAUGUAAAAUGUUAUCGCACGUCAAAAAUAGGCAGCUAUUAAUGAUCCUGACUACAGCAAAGCAAUAAAGCUUCUGCUCACAAGGGGCAAACAGCAAGGGUUAGUCCUU